AUGUCCAUCCUGUACGUCUCCCCUCACCCCGAUGCCUUCCCCAGCCUCCGAGCCCUCAUAGCCGCGCGCUAUGGGGAGGCUGGGGAGGGUCCCGGAUGGGGAGGUGCCCACCCCCGCAUCUGUCUUCAACCGCCCCCGACAAGUAGGACUCCGUUUCCCCCACCUCGCCUGCCCGCCCUGGAGCAAGGGCCAGGUGGGCUCUGGGUGUGGGGGGCCACGGCUGUUGCUCAGCUAUUGUGGCCAGCAGGCUUGGGGGGUCCUGCGGGUAGCCGGGCAGCUGUCCUUGUCCAACAGUGGGUCAGUUAUGCCGACACGGAGCUUAUACCAGCUGCCUGUGGGGCAACACUGCCAGCCCUAGGACUUCGAAGUUCUGCCCAGGACCCCCAGGCUGCACUGGGUGCCCUGGGCCGAGCCCUGAGCCCCUUAGAGGAGUGGCUUCGGUUGCACACUUACUUGGCUGGGGAGGCCCCCACUCUGGCUGACCUGGCGGCUGUCACAGCCUUGUUGCUGCCUUUCCGAUAUGUACUAGACCCCUCAGCCCGCCGAAUCUGGGGUAAUGUGACUCGCUGGUUUAUCACCUGUGUCCAACAGCCAGAAUUCCGGGCUGUGCUGGGAGAGGUGGUUCUAUACUCAGGGGCUAGGUCCCUUGCUCAGCAGCUAGGCCCUGAGGUCUGUGUACCCCCAAAGACAGCUGCUCAGCUCAAGAAAGAGGCAAAGAAACGGGAGAAGCUAGAGAAAUUCCAACAGAAGCAGAAGAUCCAACAGCAGCAGCUGCCUUCAGGCGAGAAGAAACCCAAACCAGAGAAGAGGGAGAAACGGGAUCCUGGGAUCAUUACCUAUGACAUCCCAACCCCACCUGGGGAAAAGAAAGAUGUCAGUGGCACCAUGCCUGACUCCUACAGCCCCCAGUAUGUGGAGGCUGCCUGGUACCCUUGGUGGGAGCAGCAGGGCUUCUUCAAGCCAGAAUAUGGGCGUUCCAGUGUGUCAGCACCAAAUCCUCAAGGUGUCUUCAUGAUGUGCAUCCCACCCCCCAAUGUGACAGGCUCCCUGCACCUGGGCCAUGCACUCACCAAUGCCAUCCAGGACUCUCUGACCCGAUGGCAUCGCAUGCGCGGGGAGACCACCCUGUGGAAUCCUGGCUGUGACCAUGCAGGCAUUGCCACCCAGGUGGUGGUAGAAAAAAAACUGUGGCGUGAGCAAGGACUGAGCCGACACCAGCUGGGCCGUGAGGCCUUUUUGCAGGAGGUCUGGAAGUGGAAGGAGGAGAAAGGUGACCGGAUUUACCACCAGCUGAAAAAGCUGGGCAGCUCCUUGGACUGGGACCGAGCCUGUUUCACCAUGGACCCUAAACUCUCAGCGGCUGUGACAGAGGCUUUUGUCCGGCUCCAUGAGGAAGGGGUCAUCUAUCGCAGCACCCGCCUUGUCAACUGGUCCUGCACCCUCAACUCUGCCAUCUCUGACAUUGAGGUGGAUAAGAAGGAGCUGCCAGGCCGCACCCUGCUGUCUGUGCCUGGCUACAAGGAGAAGGUGGAGUUUGGAGUCCUUGUCUCCUUUGCCUACAAAGUUCAAGGCUCAGACAGCGACGAGGAGGUGGUGGUGGCAACAACUCGGAUUGAGACAAUGCUGGGUGAUGUGGCUGUGGCUGUGCAUCCCAAAGACCCCAGAUACCAGCACUUGAAGGGGAAGAGCGUCAUCCACCCAUUCCUGUCUCGGAGCCUCCCCAUUGUCUUUGAUGAUUUUGUGGACAUGGAGUUUGGCACAGGUGCGGUAAAGAUCACCCCUGCACAUGACCAGAAUGACUAUGAGGUUGGGCAGCGGCAUGGGCUGGAGGCCAUCAGCAUAAUGGAUUCACACGGGGUCCUCAUUAAUGUGCCCCCACCUUUCCUGGGCUUGCCCAGGUUUGAGGCAAGGAAGGCAGUGCUGGCAGCAUUGAAGGAGCAGGGACUGUUCAGGGACAUAAAGGAUAACCCCAUGGUGGUGCCGCUUUGCAACCGUUCCAAGGACGUGGUGGAGCCUCUGCUGCGGCCUCAGUGGUACGUGAGCUGUGGGGAAAUGGCCCAGGCAGCCAGUGCUGCUGUGACACGGGGUGACCUCCGCAUCCUGCCUGAGGCCCAUCAGCGGACAUGGCAUGCCUGGAUGGACAACAUCCGGGACUGGUGCAUCUCCCGACAGCUGUGGUGGGGCCAUCGCAUCCCAGCCUAUUUCAUCACUGUCAACGACCCUACUGUACCUCCUGGGGAGGACUCUGAUGAGCGGUACUGGGUGAGUGCGUGCAGUGAGGCACAGGCCCGGGAGAAGGCGGCCAAGGAGUUUGGAGUGUCUCCUGACAAGAUCAGCCUCCAGCAAGAUGAGGACGUAUUGGACACCUGGUUCUCCUCUGGUCUUUUCCCCUUCUCCAUUCUGGGCUGGCCUAACCAGUCAGAAGACCUGAGUGUGUUCUACCCGGGGACACUGCUGGAGACGGGCCAUGACAUCCUGUUCUUUUGGGUGGCCCGGAUGGUCAUGCUCGGCCUGAAACUCACCGGCAGGCUGCCCUUCCGAGAGGUCUACCUCCAUGCCAUCGUGCGAGAUGCCCAUGGCCGCAAGAUGAGCAAGUCUCUGGGCAAUGUCAUCGACCCCCUGGAUGUCAUCCAUGGAGUCUCCCUGCAGGGCCUCCAUGACCAGUUACUGAACAGCAACCUGGAUCCCAGUGAGGUAGAGAAGGCGAAAGAAGGGCAGAAGGCAGACUUCCCAGCAGGGAUUCCCGAGUGUGGCACUGAUGCACUCCGCUUUGGACUUUGUGCAUACACAUCCCAGGGGCGGGACAUCAACCUGGAUGUGAACCGGAUAUUGGGUUACCGCCACUUCUGCAACAAGCUCUGGAAUGCCACCAAGUUUGCCCUCCGUGGCCUUGGAAAGGGCUUUGUGCCCUCGCCCACCUCUGAGCCUGGAGGCCAUGAGAGCCUGGUGGACCGUUGGAUCUGCAGCCGGUUGACUGAAACUGUGAGACUCAGCAACCAAGGUUUCCAGGCCUAUGAUUUCCCAGCUGUCACCACUGCCCAGUACAGCUUCUGGCUCUAUGAGCUCUGUGAUGUCUACCUGGAGUGCCUGAAGCCUGUGCUGAAUGGGGUGGACCAGAUGGCAGCUGAGUGUGCCCGCCAGACCCUCUAUACCUGUCUGGAUGUUGCCCUACGCUUACUUUCCCCCUUCAUGCCCUUUGUGACUGAGGAGCUGUUCCAGAGGCUGCCCCGGCGGACACCACAGGCUCCCCCUAGCCUCUGUGUUACCCCCUACCCAGAACCCUCAGAGUGCUCCUGGAAGGACCCCGAGGCAGAAGCCGCCUUUGAGCUAGCACUGAGCAUCACUAGAGCUGUACGCUCCCUGCGUGCUGACUACAACCUCACCCGGUUCCGGCCCGACUGUUUCCUGGAAGUAGCUGAUGAGACCACAGGUGCCCAGGCCUCAGCCGUGUCUGCCUAUGUGCAGGCACUGGCCAGUGCGGGAGUGGUGGCUGUCCUGGCCUUGGGGGCUUCCGCACCACAGGGCUGUGCUGUAGCAGUUGCCUCUGACCGCUGCUCCGUCCACCUCCAGCUACAGGGACUGGUGGACCCAGCCCGGGAGCUGGGCAAGCUGCAGGCCAAGCGAGGGGAGGUGCAGCGGCAAGCUCAACGUCUGCAGGAGCGCCGCGCUGCCCCGGGCUACCCGGCCAAAGUGCCCCCCGAUGUCCAGGAGGCCGAUAAAGCCAAGCUCCAACAGACAGAAGCAGAGCUCAGGAAGGUGGACGAGGCCAUUGCCCUGUUCGAGAAGAUGCUGUGAUACACCCAAGUCUGACCCUCAGACCCCAGUGGCCCACCAUGGGGAUGGCAGCAAUAAACUAUUUUGCCAC